AUGCCAGCGCUCGAAGUGUUCGGGCGUCGCAGUCGUGUGGUCGGCAGCGAUGAUUUGUAUUGCCCUGCUCUCUUUCUAUUUCUCUAUCAGCUACCACUAUCAACGGUCUGUAUUCUCUAUGCAAGUCUAUGGCGAAGCUGUUCAAGCACUUCGUUCGACGCUAAUGGACUGCCAUUUUGGUACAUGCUUGGCGCGAUGCCGCUUUUCUUUUUUCGUGGCUGCAUCUACCUUAUGAUCAUGCAAGUCUCUGCGAAAGGAACCAUCGUAGAUCACGAACGUCGCGUACUUAUGCCCAAGAUGUUGCGGGUUCACGUACUGUGGUCACUUGUUCUUCUCAGCUACGGUAUUCUUGGUAUCUACUGCUGGUACUACCGUGACAUUUGUCACCGUGAUGCUCGAUUUGUAUUGGCAAUUGGUGCGUUUUUAGUCGCCGAAGUGAGUUUUACGUUUGCUCUUGGCAUUUGCAUCUUUAGUAAUGCACAACUUCAAGAAGCGAUCUCCUUUGAGAAACCUCCUGGUGGUAUUCCCAACAAUCCUUAUGAAAUUGAUCGAGAGGUCCCAAACUCGGACGUGUAUGUACCACAUAGCCAACGAUUGUGGAAACAACGUUGUACUCGAUGCUGCAUGUGUAUCCGUUGCUUCACGUGCAAUUUGUUUGGUGGUGCCGGCACGCGUCACGACAGCAUGUCAGUUGUUGCUAAAGUCUUUUCUCGACUCUUUUAUGGCAGUCCUGACCUUGUAAUCUCGGAUAUUGUUGCUGGAUUUAUACUACUGGCCGCUGUACAAGCGCAUGAAGAACGUCAUGAAGUGAUUGCUACGUCACCUCAUCGAGAAGGAGACGAAGAAGAAGAAGCAACGCUUGCAAACCUCCGUGCGAAGAUCCGUGCCAGUACUGGCAGCAAGCGGAGUCUUGGAAUUGAUAACUCAUCAAUUACAGAGGUCAUUGAUUCUGAAAGUCCAUCGCUGACUUUUCCAGAAAAUGCAAACGAAUGCCAUGAAAUUUCAAUUCCAAUUUCAUCACUAGACGACAAAGACGCGCGGUUUGAGCACUCAAAACGCGCAUUUUAUUAUCAUCCGUCUGAUCCGGAUCUAAACGACGUGGAAUUGACGGAAAAACUUGAGGAAUUGGCUCACUUUUCGAAAUAUGCCAUUGGAAUCUACGGGUGGAUGCUUUACGUUUGGUCACAUCCAUGGAGUGGUACGAUCAGUCUCGCCUUUUCGUGCUUACGGCGUAAUCGGACGUAUGUACAUGGUGAUAAUUGGUUUCACUUGGGCCAGACAGCCAUGCAGCUGGAAACAAAGAUUCGAAGCGACGAUAUUGUGUACGCGAGCUUUCGUAACUCUGUGUAUCAGCCAGCGUUUGCCGUCAUGUUGGAUCAUGACCGUCAGGAGGUUGUGCUUGCAAUUCGUGGCACAUUGUCGCUUGAAGAUUGUUUGACUGACGCUAUUGCGUACGGCAUGUCAAUGGACGACGUGGCUAAUCGGUGGAGCUGCGACGGAGCGGGUGAGUUCGCGCAUCAAGGGUUUCUCACGUGUGCCGAGUCCAUUUAUAUCGAGCUCAAUCGUCUUGGUAUCUUGGAAAUGCUUUUUGAUGACAAGUCGAUGGCGGCUAUUGCGACGCACAGCGUAAAUGUAUGUGAACGUGGUGCGUACCGUGACUAUGGCCUCGUUCUCACUGGUCACUCACUUGGAGCUGGAACUGCGUGUCUAUUAUCCGUCAUGCUGCGACCCAAGUACCCGCGACUUCGAUGUUUUGCGUACAGUCCUCCCGGGUGCACCAUGUCGCCAUCUUUAGCGUCCCGAUGCGCGGAGUUUACGUAUUCCGUCGUUGUAGGCGACGACAUUAUUGCCCGCUCAUCUUUGACAUCGGCUGAGGCAUUGCGAGACCAAGUCUUAGAUCUUAUUGGACGGAGCAAAGUAAACAAGGCGGUAAUAUUGCGCCAAGUGAUUGCGUGGCGUACACCUGAUGAGUUGUUGCAUCAAAGUUCGGACGAACAUUCGGCUUUUGACGACAACGGUGACAGUAGAAAGCCGUCGCCUUUUAUCGCGCACUUGUCAAACUAUCGAACGAUGUUGCAAAGAAUUCAAGAAUCUGAACCGAUUCACGAGUUGACACUCCCAGGUCGUGUAGUUCAUUUAAAGCGUGUGGUACGCGCAAAAAGCGCAGCUGGUUGCUGGGUCUGCUGUCGUCCAGGAGGAGGCGGCAUGUGCUGCACGGCCCGUACGAACUAUCGCUUUGCGUGGGCUGCAGAAGGACAGUUUAGCAAGAUCCGGAUUGGUCGGACAAUGCUAGACGACCACUUUCCAGAUAAAGUGCAUUACGUGCUCCAAGACUGUGUCAAGCGUAUGCGCAAGAAUGAGCACGAGAACGAACGUUUGUAG